AUGAGUCAAGGCGAUCGAGCUCAUCGCAAAGGAGUUUCUACUUCGCUUGCAUCAUCAAAUGCGCACUUGAGAGCGCUUCAUGUCGACCUCCAGCGAUCUGUGGGAUCUGCGGACAGCAAGUACUCGCUCCGCGACAACUCCGUGAUAUCCGAGGAUGAUGGAGAGCGGCGCGGAGACGAUCUUCCUAGCGUCAUGUACGGCGGCAGAAAGUUUGCCACCCUCGACGGCACAUACUACAUGUCGGAGAGGACAAGCAGCAACGAAGACUGCCAGACACAAGCCUUGCGGCUGCCGAAGGGCUGGGCCAUCGCUCCGGAUGACUGGCUAUCGAGAGAAGUCAUCAGUCAGUACACUUGGGGAACCGAUUACAUGUUGGUCGAAAGCGGCUCAUACUAUCGCACAAACUGCUGGUAUUGCUCCAAUGGAGGCUCCUCUCUACGCAGCAGCGACGGCUUGUACUGGCCGGCGUCUUGCAACAUGCGGAUACUGAUCGUGUACGUGGGAUGCCCGCAAGGUCAGACCCCAGACUUCUGCUCCACGAGGUAUCGAGACUCCGCGACUGCCGACCCAGCGCCUGCGCACUUCCAAGGCCCUCCGAAUGCGACGAUCCUCAACACGUCCUACCUCAAGUCAGACCUGGCGGUAGGAAGAAAUUGGUCCUACAUCCUCUCGCCAAGCUCUGUCGAUGACGGGAGCUGGAGAGUGCCGGACCUUGGGUUUCCCUUCUGCGUGGGAGGCAACAACGUGCAAUCAUCGGUGUACAUAUCGUCCAAUAGCUACCUGACCUUCGGACAAGCCUGGUCGACCUACACCUCCCUGUCAGCCAGCAAUCCUUACGUCCCGACUCUGUUUGUCGGAGCUGGAGACACUUCAGCCCAGCUGAUCGUCGGGACCCCCACCAGGGAGGGAGACAUGCGGGGAUACGUGGUGAGGUUCGAGGGGACCUCGUCUACCUCGGGGCUCCCGGGGCAUCCGAAUCUCAUCUUCGAGGUGACUUUCUUUGCCAACAACACCUUGCGGGUCGCAAUCGGCUUGCAGAACACCUACUUCUCGACCAUGUACAUGAUGAGCGACGGCAGGGGGUCAACUUUGACGUCUUUCUCCAUGCCCGACCGUGAGGCUCGUCUGCUUGUCUCUGGUGUGCCGUCGCCGUAUGUGAUGCUUGACUUGCCGUGCGUGCUGUGCAACAACUCCAUCCCUCCCAACUCCAUCUACUCCUCCGACUUCUCUACGGCAUCGCAGUCGUGCGAUUGGAUAUGCCAACCCGGGUUCCACCUCAAAGGCGAGAGCUGCGCUGAGUGCGAAGGGAAGCCCAGCAACGCCAGCUACUCCAACGAGCUCUGCGGGUGGACGUGCGACGUUGGCUUCUACAAGUCAGGGAGCAUGUGCAUGCCCUGCACCAAGAGGCCGGCCAACGCUGUGUUUGUGUCGGCAGGGCGCGGGGAGGGGGCGGACUCCUGUGCCUGGCAGGAGGUAGUGGAAGAGGAGGGGUACGUGUUCUCGACUCUUGGCGGGUACGGUCCUACGUCGCAGUACUCCAUGUGGAGCUGUGUGUCGGAAUGGCAGGAGUACCUGCCGCUGCCUGCGGGCUGGUCGAUCGCUCCGGACAACGAGAUCAGCAUCAACGUCACCGCCAAGUACGACUGGGGAGCUCUUCGGCUUGUGCUGGACAGCAGCUCGAGCUACUACACUAACAGCGUCAUGUCAGAAGAUAACUGGUAUUAUUGGUUUUAUUACUACAUGCAAUACCCGGGCUCGUACUACAGCAGCGGCUAUCUCUCGACGUAUGACAGAGUUUACUAUCGCUCGUCAGAUUGCGAAGCUCGAGUUCUGCUCCUCGCUCCCGUAUGCGCAUCAGGCUACAUGGCCGUCGCUCCUGCAGACUCUGCAAGCGGAUUGACGAACGCGUCUCGCUGUGUCCCAUGCUCCAACACCAUCCCUUCCGGCGCACAGUACGUGCUCUCGCCCUACCCUCAGGAGACGAGCAGCUGCGGGUGGAGCUGUCAGGUUGGCUUCUACCCGUCAGGCUCGACGUGCUCCAAGUGUGCGGGCAAGCCUUCUGCUGCCGUCUACGUGGGCGCCGGGCUGAUGGGCAAGGCAGACAGCUGUGCUUGGAGCUGCUUGCCGGGCUAUCGCGAGGUCGACGGAUGGCGAUGCGAGGCCUGCGCGUCUUCGCUGCCUCCCAACGCUCACUGGGAGGGGUCAGGCUGCUCGUGGGCGUGCGACUUUGGUUAUCGUCAGAGCGGGAGCAGCUCUUGCGACGACAUCACCGUAGGAUACAACGGACAGCGCUAUGCGAGCUUGGGAGGGAGGGCUCCCUACGACAGCUCGACCUGCAGCUGGGAGGUAGCGAGAGCUCUGCCGGAGGGGUGGAUGAUAGCGCCCAACACAGGCGACAGCAUCUCUGUGGUAUCUCAGUACCCGUGGGGGGCCAGCAAUGUCGUGCUGGAGGACGGGACGGCAUGGAACACAGGAUACGGAGGCAUGUGCUGUACGUCGCGACUGUACAGCUACGACGGGAUGUUCGUGUCAAGAGACAGCUGUGGGACGGUGCUGGUGGUAGCAGAGGACUGUCUCGCGGGCUACUACAGGGAUCCCUCCAACAUGACCCGCUGCAUUCCGUGCAGCAGCUACAAGCCUAAUCACGCCACCUACAACAGCAGCGGCUCGCCUGCAAACAAGAACAAUUGCGACUGGCGAUGCGACGCCGGCUAUUACAGGGAUGCUUACGGGAGCUCUUGUGUCGCCUGCUCGGUAGCCCCUCCCAAUGCUGUGUACACCACGAGCGAGCCCGGAGAGAGCUGCAGCUGGACGUGCCAUGCAGGCUACUACCUCCAAGACGGGGCAUGCAAAGCCUGCGAGACGAGUCUGCCAGAGUUCGCCUACUUCACAGCAGGCGAAGUCAGCGGGAGACAGUGCGAGUGGUCAUGUCGGUUCGGGUAUGUGAGGAGCAACGGAAGGUGCGUCGGGACCAAGUACGCCGGAAGAUACUACACGACUCUGAGCGGCAGAGCUCCCAACGACCCCUACACCUGCCGUGACGACCCGUACUUGCCGGUACCAGCAGGAUGGGAGCUCGCCCCCAACAACCAGGACAGUCAGUACGUCACCUGGUACUUCACCUGGGGAUCGUACUACUUGGUGUUUUCAGAUGGCUCUCUGUGGUACACAGCUCGCGGCACUAGCUCUACCAGCCCCCAGCAAUACAGCUGGGGAUAUCUGAGCUCCUACAACGGCAUGUACAAGGCAAAUGGUUGUGACAAGGGAGUUCUGCUGAGGUCUACCGAAUGUGCCCCGGGAUAUCUCAAGAGCGGCUCCAGCUGUGUGCCCUGCAGUAACGCGCUGCCUACCAACUCGUCAUAUGGCAGUCUGAUAGCAGCAGACAACCAGCUCAUCUCCACCUGUGCAUACGUGUGUAACGCCGGCUUCAAGCAGCAAGCCGAUCAUUGUGUAGCUUGUGACCGAGCGACGCUGCCAGCCCAUGCUGAGUAUGUCCAGCUGACGAUGAGACACGAGGUCGAGUACGAGUGCCAAUGGCGAUGCAGCGCGGGCUACCUCCUCAAGGACGGUCAGUGCGUCGCGUGCGAGGGCAGGAAGCCGCGGGCGGCUCACUGGCUGCGGGAGGGCAGCAACGGGACGGCAUGCGGCUGGGCGUGCGACUUCGGCUACUUCGCGUCGGAAGACGGAGACUGUCUGCCGCUGCGCUCCUACGGCAACCGAUACUACGCCACCCUCGACGGCUCUCCCCCAUGGAACUGGGAAAAUAGUGACUACUACUACUACUACUACGACAACUGCAAUCAAGGGCUGAAGGCGAUCCCGGCGGGCUGGGCGAUAGCUGCGAACACCUGGGACAGCCGCAUGACAGCGUGGAUGUACCCUUGGCGCUCCUGCACCCUAAUGAUGUCUGACAGCACUACCUGGUACAGCUCUCGGUGUUAUUCGUCGUCGUCGCCUCAGUCUACCUGCUGCUACUCGCUGGUGUCAUACGACGGCAUGUACAGGUCGUCAGAAUCGUGCGGGUCGAUCCUGCUCGUGUCGCAGUACUGCGCGGCGGGCUACUACCUCCGUAACGACUCGAGCUGCGGCAACUGCUCUAACCCCAUCCCCCCUCAUGCCCUCUACGUCGCCCAGCAGGACCCCAGCCGCUACGCCGACAGCGUCUGCCCGUGGGCCUGCGAGCCCGGCUACACGCGACGAGGCGAGGCGUGUCAGGCGUGCGAGACGGCGCCGGAGCACGCGGAGUACGUAGCGUACGGGCCGGGAGGGGUCAACGGGUCGUGGACAGAGUGCGGGUGGCGAUGCAGCGCGGGCUACCUCCUCAAGGACGGUCAGUGCGUCGCGUGCGAGGGCAGGAAGCCGCGGGCGGCUCACUGGCUGCGGGAGGGCAGCAACGGGACGGCAUGCGGCUGGGCGUGCGACUUCGGCUACUUCGCGUCUUCAGACGGAGACUGUCUGCCGCUGCGCUCCUACGGCAACCGAUACUACGCCACCCUCGACGGCUCUCCCCCAUGGAACUGGGAAAAUAGUGACUACUACUACUACUACUCCUACUACUACUACUACUACUACUACUACUACAACUGCAAUCAAGGGCUGAAGGCGAUCCCGGCGGGCUGGGCGAUAGCUGCGAACACCUGGGACAGCCGCAUGACAGCGUGGAUGUACCCUUGGCGCUCCUGCACCCUAAUGAUGUCUGACAGCUCUGCCUGGUACAGCUCUCGGUGUACGUCGUCGUCGUCGCCUCAGUCUACAUACAGCUACUCGCUGGUGUCGUACGACGGCAUGUACAGGUCGUCAGAAUCGUGCGGGUCGAUCCUGCUCGUGUCGCAGUACUGCGCGGCAGGCUACUACCUCCGUAACGACUCGAGCUGCGGCAACUGCUCUAACCCCAUCCCCCCUCAUGCCCUCUACGUCGCCCAGCAGGACCACAGCCGCUACGCCGACAGCGUCUGCCCGUGGGCCUGCGAGCCCGGCUACACGCGACGAGGCGAGGCGUGUCAGGCGUGCGAGACGGCGCCGGAGCACGCGGAGUACGUAGCGUACGGGCCGGGAGGAGUCAACGGGUCGUGGACGGAGUGCGGGUGGCGAUGCAGCGCGGGCUACCUCCUCAAGGACGGUCAGUGCGUCGCGUGCGAGGGCAGGAAGCCGCGGGCGGCUCACUGGCUGCGGGAGGGCAGCAACGGGACGGCAUGCGGCUGGGCGUGCGACUUCGGCUACUUCGCGUCGGCAGACGGAGACUGUCUGCCGCUGCGCUCCUACGGCAACCGAUACUACGCCACCCUCGACGGCUCUCCCCCAUGGAACUGGGAAAAUAGUGACUACUACUACUACUACUACAACUGCAAUCAAGGGCUGAAGGCGAUCCCGGCAGGCUGGGCGAUAGCUGCGAACACCUGGGACAGCCGCAUGACAGCGUGGAUGUACCCUUGGCGCUCCUGCACCCUAAUGAUGUCUGACAGCACUACCUGGUACAGCUCUCGGUGUUAUUCGUCGUCGUCGCCUCAGUCUACCUGCUGCUACUCGCUGGUGUCAUACGACGGCAUGUACAGGUCGUCAGAAUCGUGCGGGUCGAUCCUGCUCGUGUCGCAGUACUGCGCGGCGGGCUACUACCUCCGUAACGACUCGAGCUGCGGCAACUGCUCUAACCCCAUCCCCCCUCAUGCCCUCUACGUCGCCCAGCAGGACCCCAGCCGCUACGCCGACAGCGUCUGCCCGUGGGCCUGCGAGCCCGGCUACACGCGACGAGGCGAGGCGUGUCAGGCGUGCGAGACGGCGCCGGAGCACGCGGAGUACGUAGCGUACGGGCCGGGAGGGGUCAACGGGUCGUGGACAGAGUGCGGGUGGCGAUGCAGCGCGGGCUACCUCCUCAAGGACGGUCAGUGCGUCGCGUGCGAGGGCAGGAAGCCGCGGGCGGCUCACUGGCUGCGGGAGGGCAGCAACGGGACGGCAUGCGGCUGGGCGUGUGACUUCGGUCACUAUCAAUCUCAGGGGGGAGGGAGCAAUGUCAACGCCAGCAAGUGCGAGAUGUUCCAGUACGGCAACCGAUACUACACCACCCUACAAGGCCACCGGCCUGACGAACCUUACCAGUGCAACACACCAUUGACCUUCAGCAGCAUCCCUGACGGCUGGGCGAUAGCUGCGAACACCUGGGACAGUCAGAUGGCGAUCGCGACUCAGCGGUGGGGAGUAUGUUACCUCCAGCUAUCCGACAGCUCUAUCUGGUACACCAGCAGCUGUCAAUGCUGUAACUAUCCUUAUAGAUGGGGAUCCAACUCACUGAUCGGAUAUGACGGUAUGUAUCGAUCUUGGAGUACGUGCAGCGACAUUCUUCUCAUGUCGCUCUUCUGUGCUCCCGGGUUCUACCUCUCCGGCUCCUACUGCUACCCCUGCUCCAACCCCAUCCCUGCCAACGCCAGCUACGCUCUUCCCUCCAGCCCCAGCCAGUAUGCGGACAGCAAGUGUCCCUGGGAGUGCAACGCCGGCUUCUACCGGAGCUCCGAGUGGAUGGUGUGCUUCCCCUGCACGAACCCCAUCCCCCCCUACGCCUUCUACUCUACCCCGGGCCUGCUGGACCAGCCCAACUCAUGCCAGUGGGCCUGCGCGAGCGGCGAGAGCCAUGGAGAGGCGUGUAACGUCAGCAACAGCUUGACGCACGUGGUGAGGUACCUCGGCAAGGUCUACGCGGCCUUGGAUGACGUCGCUCCCACGUCGCUCAACCUCAGCUGUCAGCAUGACGGCUCCAUGUACCAGCAGCCUCCUGCGGGCUGGGCGCUGGCGCCAUGGAGCGAGGAAGCUGUGAGAGUCGCCGGGUCGUACCCAUGGGGAGCUCGAGCCGUCGUGCUCGCCAACGGAGUCGCUUACCAGACGGCGCAGCCUUACCAGGACUACAUGAGCUACCAAACGCCCGGCACCAGCAUCUUCAGCAACAUGCUCUACCGCAGCGGCAGCUCUUACGCCCUCUCGUCCUGCGACAACGGAUACUACGCCCUGCGGAUGCUGCUUGUGCGCCUCGAGUGCGAUGACGGCUACGAGGGCCGAGGCGAUCAAGACUGCACGCCAUGCUCGGGCAGUCUACCGGCCAACGCGGUAGCCUCCUCGGGACCAGGCGGGUGCGGAUGGACCUGUCGGGCAGGAUACUACAAGGCGUAUGAGGGAUGCGCGUCGUGCGACCCGAGGUAUCCCAAGCCAAGCAACGCUCUCUAUGUGGAAGCCGACGGGUCGAGCGGUCAGGUCUGCCAGUGGCGAUGCGGCACAGGUCACUACCGCAGCCAAGGCGCUUGUGUGCCCUGCAUGAACGCUCCCAACUUCGCCUACUUCCUCGACGCCGCUGACGAGGAGUGCGCUUGGCGCUGUCAGCCGGGAUACUUCCAGUCAGGCACGCGAUGCCUCGCCUGCAAGCCCCCGCCGUCACCGGAGAGCGACGUCGUCGUGAGGCCAGCCUCCAUGCGGUGCAACAUCACGAGGUCGUGCAGGCAGGACUAUCCCGAUGCGAUGCUCUACCAGUGCGGUUGGAUCUUCGCCGUCACCUCUCGCAGCGGGGACGAGUACGCCGUGCUCAUGGACAACAUGACGGAGCCUUGGGACCCCCUGCAAGGACCCGUCUCGAGCUCCAACCAGAGGCUUCAGUGCGGCAUGGUCCAGCUGCCGGCCGGCUGGCAAGUAGCUCCAAACGACACAGACACUGUUGACGUCAUCGCACGCUACCCGUGGGGUCUCCAGCAGCUCGUGGUGUCCGACGGCACAGUCUACGCCACGUCAAACUACAACUACGUGACUGCUGGUCGCGUCAUGGCCCUCAACGGCUUGACCAAGUCUAUCCGAGCUGACGCUGAGCUGUACGCGCUGUCAUCAGGCCAGUACUGUCAGAACACUCGCAUCCUCAUCAAGAAGGUUCGCUGUGCUCCCGGCCAGUACGUCUCCGGGUCCUCCUGCAGGGCUUGCUCGACCCCUGUCUGCAACAGCGGGGAGCACGCGCUAGCCUGUCAGGAGCUGCAGGACAGCAUCUGCAGCUCAGCCCUCAAGCCCUGCACAGGCAAGUGCCGGUGCCAGCUGUUUGACGAGGCGAGAGGGUCCUUGUCCGACGGGUCGGCACUGUCAAGCCUGUACGAGGACGGGAGCAACUGCCGGUGGAUCAUCCAGCCUCCAGGCGCCUCCUCCAUCUCCCUCAACUUCACCUCCUUCGCCCUCGAGCCGGGAUACGACUUCCUCACGAUCAACGAGUGCAUCGGCCUCCUGGGAGCGUCGCUGGAGUGCUACGGGAGGACGGAGGUCGCCAAGCUCACGGGCCUGCACAAGCCCGGCAGCCUGACGGUGACGGCGAGCUCGCGGGUGCUGGAGGUUUUGUUCGAGGCGGACGAGAGCGUGGCGUAUCAGGGUUUCACGAUGACGUGGACGGCAAACAUCUCGAGCGACGCGCUGUCACAGUACUGGUUUGUGAGCAGCAAGUACCUUCACUGUCAGAUGCUUCACACCUGGAAAGACAUCGUUCCGAGCCUCGAUACUCAUAACAGCACCUUCAAGAUGGGAGGCCUCGGACAGCUCAUGGUCAGACGCGAGCUCGAGGUGUGGGUGUGUAGCUACGUCGACGCGUGCGCGUUGGCUGGAGACGCCUUCUGCUACAUCUACGACGAGAAGAAGAAGCUCUUCGUCCCUUGGGACAUGGCGAGCCACCUGAAGCUCUUCUAG